AUGGACUUUGGGUUGAACGAUGUAGUGGCAUAUCUUAGAAACCUCCCCGGAGUUGCUGUUAAUUAUUUGAACCUUGUGAAGUUACUUCUUGUUGUACCUGCCACGAAUGCUGUGAGGGAACACUCGGCCUCUGCCCUUAAAAGGCUCAAGACGUAUCUUCGAGUGUAUGUUGCAAGAAAGAUUGAAUCACUGCAUCAUUAUCCACGUUCACAAGGAAAUGACUCGACAAAUUGAACAAGGCAGAUAUUGGAAAUCAGUUUGUUUGAGCAUUAAAUCACAUGCUGAAUCGCUUUUGAACCGUCGAUGUCAAUUAAAACUUUCCCAAACCAUGUAUUCGACGCUACAACAAACUGACAAUUGAUAAUUUUCUACUAAAGUAUUCAUUUUUGAUAAUUUUGUUUUUGCUAAGCUGGAAAAGGUCAUUAAGUUUCUCUUACUUCGUUGACCAGAAUAAAAUCCUGGUGUUUGCCAAAUUUUAGCGUUCAGAUUGCAUCCUAGAGUACUUAAAUUUUAAAAGUUUCUUGGGGGAGCAUGGGCCCGUAUCCCCCUAGUUUCUCGUGCCUUCGGCACUCCUCUUUGCCGCUGUCGUGCCAGUAUUACACAUACUCCCAGUUAUGCCCCAUCAAGGAAAAAAUUCCAGUCACCGCUCCUGGGGAUUCCGGCAAAGGAACAGGAAGAAAUUACAGAUAAAGUUGUCUGCAAAUGCCUGAUAGCCCAAGAUGCCAGCUUCCACAUUCUUGUUAUUCGUAAACAUGGAAAAUAUAGAAUGUAA